AUGUCAUCACGUUAUAGAGUAGAAUAUCAUUUGAAAAGUCAUCGAAAAGAUGAAUUUAUUGAUUGGAUUAAGGGGUUAUUGGCUACUCCUUUUGUAUUACAUGCUGUGUCUCAUGAUGAAGAAGAUACCGAUGAUUUGACAACAUCUCAAAGAAUUAAGUCGCAAUAUGCAGAGAUUUUGAAAGAUGUGGAAGAAUUGAUUCUGAAUAAGAUUGAAUUUGACAAAAAAAAGUCAGACAAUGACGAGGAAUAUUUGAAUGAAUCUUCAUUAGGAAGAUCACGGUUAAAUCUCUUAGUUCCAUCAAUUGGUACAUUUUUCACACCAUUGCCCUUGGAGAAGGCAUUUCUAUGGGAGGAUUCAGUUAAAGCCAUCUCUGCUAGAAGAAUGGUAGCACCAAGUUUUAAUGAUGUUAGAAGAUUAUUAAAUACUGCACAAAUAUUUCACUUUAUCAAACAGAAACGGUUGGGUCCCAGGUAUGGCAAACCUUUGAGAUUGGUCACAUUUGAUGGUGAUGUUACAUUAUAUGAAGAUGGUGGUUCUUUGGUCGCUAAAAAUCCAGUCAUCCCCUUGAUUAUCAAAUUACUAAAAUAUAAUAUAUAUGUAGGUAUCGUUACUGCAGCCGGUUACGAUGAAGCAAAAAUAUAUGAAAAAAGAUUAGAUGGGUUAGUGAAAACUAUUAAGCAAUGUAGUGAUCUAACAUUAGAACAAAAGAAUAAUUUAACCAUUAUGGGAGGUGAAUCUAAUUAUUUAUUUCGUUAUUUUGAAUGCGAUAGUGAUAGAGCAGAUACAGAAACAGAUGGAACAUACAGUGAUGCAAAUAGAAAAACAUGUGGAUUCCAAUAUAUUAAUAGUGACGCCUGGAUAUUGGAUUCUAUGAGGGAGUGGAAAGAUUCCGACAUUCAAGCAACAUUAGACUUUGCUCAAAAGAUUUUGAACACAUUAAAAAAAAGGUUAAUGUUACCGGAAGAAACAACAAUCAUUAGAAAGAAAAGAGCAGUGGGCAUUGUACCAGGUAGAAUUGUUGAUGUCGUGUCUGGAGAAGAAAAAGUUGUAAAGCUUACUAGAGAGCAAUUAGAAGAGAUAGUGUUAACAUUACAAAGUACCUUAGAAAAUUACCCACCAGCAAAGAGAAUCCAAUUUAGCUGUUUUGAUGGUGGAAGUGAUGUCUGGUGUGAUAUUGGAGGGAAAAAUUUAGGGAUUUAUGUUUUACAACGAUACUAUGAUCCGCAAAGCCCAAUAGAUCCAUCACAAACGUUACAUAUUGGUGAUCAAUUUGCUCCGAUGGGGUCAGCUAACGAUUUUAAAGCAAGAUUGGCAGGUUGUACAUUAUGGAUAGCAUCUCCUGAAGAGACUGUUGAUGUUUUAACAAGAUUAACAGAGGAUUGA